AUGGUGAAGAUAUUCUAUACUCUGAUCAUUCUCUCGCUAGUUUUAGCAGCACCGGCAAUGGCCAAGCCCUCUUGUAAGAUGGUUUCAAAAGGGCUAGUACCAUGUUAUUCAUACAUUAAAGGGAAAUAUCAUUCCAUUAAGCCAUCAAAUAGGUGCUGCAGAGGACUGAAUGAUAUAGCUGAUAUGUUGAAAAAUGGCGAGGAGGGUCCUAUAGCUGUUUGCUUGUGCAUAAAGGGAGCACUUUUACAUGUUCGUUAUGAUCCCACGCGCAUCACACUUGCUUCACAACAAUGUCAUACGCGGUUAUCUCUGCCUCCCGUUGGCCAUAACACUGUUUGUUCAAGGUAUAGUUUUGAUAGGGCUGGUGUAGUAUGA